CAACAAAAAGAAAACGUGUUUACUCAUCUGCUCGAUUUUGUGAAUAAGUAAAUAGGAGAGGGUUAAUACGGUCAUUUCACAUUGCCAGGGUGUAAAAGUGUAAACGUCUAGGUGUGAACAAUAAACGGCUUAUUUGACCCGUCUCCCUUCAUCGUCAUCGCCGUCAACUAACGGCGUAUCGCGCAACACGGCAGCUCUAACUGGUGCAGGUCUCACUCCCCACCGUCUUCCCUUCCCCCAAUCAUAUGCUUUACAUCUGCCCUGGAUUCCAACUUUCCCGAAGCUACUCUUUACUUUUUUCCUCUUCGUUCGAUUCAUUCGCGCGUUUAUCCAGAAACCAAUCGCGUGGGCUCAAUCGCUCCUCCUUCAUCGUUCGCUGAAUCGGUAAUUUGUGAUUUUUUUUUUUUUUUUUUGCGUGUUCUAUGAUGAUUUCAUCUCGAAUUGCGAGAAUUUUGUUGGAAAUCGGGUUGAAUUAGAUACUGUAGAUAGAAUAUUCUUCUGUGAGAUGGAUUUGAAUCUUUUGCGAAGAUGUUUGUGAGCUGUUAAAGAGGAGAAACAUUAGCCAAAAAGAAUGCCGAUGAAAGAACAAAUGGGGGAAAAUCUGCUGACAGCUUUAUCCAUGGAAAGCAGCCACUUUUCCACCCUACUAUCCAUGGAUUCCGGCUCCGACAGAGUCCGAUCAGAAUUCAAUCGGUGCGUCAACAUCCUACAGCUCCCACCGGAUAUAAACCUCCCUCUCUCCGCCGAACCCAGCCCACCGCCGCCACCUCACCACUCUUGGACUGACGCCUGUGAAGUAUACGACAUCGUCGAGGCGACUCCGGCCACUACCACCGCCGCCGCUGCCAACUGCCCAGCAAAGUCGGGGAAAAAGUGCGCCAACGCAAAGCGUUUGGACAGCAUUUGGGGUGCUUGGUUCUUCUUCACCUUCUACUUCAAGCCCGCCCUAACCGAGAAGUUCAAAGGCAAAAUCGCCCGCAACAACGGCUACGAUAAGUCGGAUUUGAAGCUCGAGGUUUUCCUCGUGCAGCACGACAUGGAGAACAUGUACAUGUGGGUUUUCAAGGAGAGGCCGGAAAAUGCGUUGGGCAAGAUGCAGUUGAGAAGCUACAUGAACGGCCACUCCCGCCAAGGCGACCGCCCCUUCCCGUUCAGCGUGGACAAAGGCUUCGUCAGAUCUCACAGGAUGCAGAGGAAGCACUACAGAGGCCUUUCCAACCCUCAGUGUGUCCACGGCAUAGAGAUCGUCCAAUCCCCAAAUUUCACGGGAAUCGAUGAGGAAGAUCGGAAGAGGUGGAAGGAUUUGACGGGGCGUGAUUUCGACUUCUCCGUACCGUUCGAGGCUUCCGAUUUCGGGUCGUGGAGGAAUCUUUCCACGGUAGAUUACGAGCUCGAGAGGCCGUUGCAGUUGAUGAAAACUACUACUACUACUUCUACCAAUCUAAAUUCCCAUAUCAAGAAUUUGCUCAGUGGAACAGACAUUGUCAAAGGUUGUAAUAAACGUAAGAAUCUCUUUCCACAAGGUAGUGAUGACGAUUUUGAGUUUGAAAUCCAUGCAAAUGAGCCACCUUGGUUAAAUGAUUUUGGUGGAGUUAUGAGGGGUGCGUAUGGUCCGGUGACAGCUGCGAAAACUAUAUACGAGGACGAAAAAGGGUUCUUGAUCGUGGUCAGUUUGCCGUUUGUGGAUUUGCAGAAGGUGAAGGUGACUUGGAGGAACAAUCUCUCUCACGGGAUUGUGAAGAUAUCGUGUGUGAGCGGUGGCUGUGUGCCGGUUAUUAAGAGACAGGAGAGGACAUUUAGAUUGGCUGAUGUGGCGCCCGAGCAGUGCCCCAAGGGGGAGUUUGUUAGGGAGAUUUGUCUCCCGACUCGUAUUCCGGAAGAUGCUAAAUUGGAGGCGUAUGGGGAUCCGACCGGUACUAUGCUCGAGAUUCUUGUGCCUAAACACGGGGUGGGGCCGGAAGAGCACGAAGUGCGUGUUUCGCUCAGGCCUUCUUCGCUGUGUAGUGAUCGAGCGUACGUCGAUUUGAUGGAAGCGUUGGUGUGAGGAAAUUUGUGGGGGGUUUAUAUAGUUCUAGAUUCUUUUUGAUUGUGUUGGUGAUGUAUUCAUUUUUAAUUUAUGUUCUAUUGGAGAUCCAUUGAUAUCAAUAAAUUUUAUUUUUUUUCCA